AUGGUGAUCUUCAAUAACGACUCCUGCAAUACACUUGUGAGCCUAGAUGUAGACCCUAAGAGUGCAGAAUUCAACAACAGACAAUCAAGCCCAGAAGAAGAGUAUGUUGAGACGCACAUUCGCCUUCCUGUUGAUGAAUAUUGCUAUUGGGAUGAAGAAGAAGAGCAACAGCUUUACCUUCCACUGAAUAGUCGCGUAGAUCAUUACUUAAAGGGCGUUCCGCAAUUGAUGGAUUCUAGGGAUGAGCUUCUUGCAAGUCCGCCCGUUUCUUUCAGCAAGAAUUCCACUGAGAAGGUCUUGUACGUUUCUCAGGGCGAAGCUGCUCAUUGCACCAGCGCACAAUCCGAUGUUCUAGUAAGCGACAAAGCAACCACCUGUCACAUUGUUGCUUUCCGAAGCGAGACCGAGGGAAUCGAUGCCUUGUCAAGCCUGACGCACAUUGAUGGAACAGCAUAUGAAAAUUGCAUUCGAGGAAUGGUGGAUGAACACAUUGCACACCACCAAGAAAGCUCGAAAGAAGAGAAAAAGUCAGAGCUAUCUCCCUCUUCAAGCAUGAUCAAUCUGGAUGUACACGUCAUGGGAGGUUUUGAUGAUGCUGAUUCCACAUCUCUGGAGAUUUCUGCCUGGUUCAUGGCACUAUUAGCACGCAUUGCUCAAGAGCAGAGCCAUAUUAUGAAGAUUACUCUCAAGACAUGCGCCAUUACCUCCCUGAAUGAUAACGGCUUCGAGUGUCCGAUUGGUAGAGGCCUCGGCAUUGACACACGAUCUGGAGAUGUCUUCUUGGCAAAGGUUGAAGAGGAAGCUGCGGGGCCUCAGGUCACACUUCGCUCUGUGCGGUUGUUUGCAGAAUCAGAAGCGAAAUGUUUGAGUGUCAUUCAUUCUUCCAGAUCCGAUACAGUAAAAAUUCUUCCAUUCACUUUCAAAUCCUUUGGACACAUUGAUAAACUUUUGAAGCUCCCAGACAGAGUCCUCCUUCAAUACACCUCCACUUCUCCUCACGUUGAGGAGCCAGACUUUUGUUCUUGCAUUCGCUCAUCACUCAAGUACCUUCGAGAUAAGAAUUGCAAUGACAUUUUUGGUCCACAUGUUAACCAGACACUGAUCUAUCGCAGAUCAGGCAAUUCCAAUCAAUGGUCGAUUGCAAAGUAG